AUGAAGCAAAAUCCAUACGAUCCUAGCAAAAAUCCCAAGGGCAUAUUAGACCUGGGUUCUGCUAUCAACGAGUUGAUGCUUGAUGACCUGUCAGAAUGGACGAAACGGAACGUCAAGAAAAGCCAGCUGAAGGACAAUAAUCAAGGCUAUCUCAACCUACCGAAAGCCGCCGCGGAAUUCAUGAACGAACACUUUCGAGUUCGCCUCCCACUUACUAGCGAAAACAUACUCGUGGCAAACGGUGUGACGACUCUGCUGGACACCCUGACAUAUAACAUCAUGGAUGAAGGGCAAACCAUUCUCGUCCCCACACCAAGCUCUGGCAUAUUUGCGCAUGAUGUCUGGGCGAGAAACGGCGUCCAUGUGGUCGAAGUUCCAUGCGACGACAUCCCCGAAGAGCGGUUUUGGGGACCCCCACCAGAAAAUGACGGCCCUAUCCAGACCCCGGAGCUAGUCAGCCGUCUCCAGGCAGCCAUCGAGGCUGAGCUGGAUCAGAAGCGCACAGUUGGAGGCAUUCUGCUGGCCAACCCUGACGACCCGCUAGGCCGUUGUUACGCAGCCCACGUGCUGUUGCAGGUGUCACAGCUAUGCGCAAAACACAAUGUUCACCUAAUUGUCGACGAGAUCUACGCCGUGAGCGCAGGGGACCGCUUUUCAAGCAUUCUAAGUUUGGGUCUGGACGUGAACUUCAAAAAUGUCUAUGUUCUAUGGGGGAUGUGCAAGGAUUUCGGUCUAGGUGGGCUUGGGAUAGGCUUCCUGGCAACCUAUAACAAAAAGGUCCAUGAUGCCAUGAGGGCUUUGAAUAUGCUUGGAGGAGUCUCGUCGUUCAGUGCAACAGUGGCAGAGAAGCUGUUGUCUGACAGCAAGUACCUCCGGAAGCAUUACCUCCCAUUGUUCCUCCGACGAUUGAGCAAGAGACGGAAUAUCGUCGAAGAAGCGCUUGACGAUUACGGCAUUCCAUAUGAGAAGCCCGAAGCUGGAUUUUUCGUUCUUGUCAACCUGUCAGAGUGGGUGGAGGUGUACUCACAAAAGCAUGGCAAAGGGGGCGAUUCAGCAUUCCUGGAACUGCUGAUGAAGCAGCGUGUCUUCCUUGAACCCGGUGAAGUAAUUUCAUCCUUCCAAACCUCGCUCUUAAGUGAAUAA